CUACAGAAAGACUUUACAGUUUUUCAGACAGGACUGGAAUGUGAACAAAGUGACUCCCUCAACCAGCCGUGUGAUGAACACAACUAUGAUUAAUUCACUGAUCCUGGAACGUCACAACGUUAGAAUUUGUCACUAGCGCUCAGAAUACAUACAAGAUAUUGGGACCAGUGAAAAUUUGGACGUGCCCAAAACGAUGUCAGUUAGCGUCCAUGAAAACCGCAAGUCGAGGACGAGUACAGGCUCUAUGAACAUCUCACUGUUCCACAAGCCCUCUCAUCCAGAGAGUGUGCUCAGCCACCUCAAUACCCUCCGCAAACAGGGCAUGUUUACAGACGUAACGCUAUGGGCAGGUGACCGCUCCUUUCAUUGCCACCGAGCUGUACUUGCGGCUUGCAGUCGCUACUUUGAAGCCAUGUUCAGCGGUGGUCUCCGUGAGAGCCUUGACAAUGAGGUUAACUUUCGUGAUAGUGUGCAUCCAGAAGUUCUGGAGCUGCUGUUGGACUUUGCUUACUCCUCACGUGUCAUCAUCAAUGAAGAAAAUGCAGAGUCACUUCUUGAGGCCGGAGAUAUGCUACAGUUUCACGAUAUCCGUGAUGCUGCAGCAGAAUUUUUGGAGAAGAACUUGCAUGCUUCAAACUGCUUGGGGAUGAUGCUGCUCUCAGAUGCCCAUCAGUGCAAGCGCCUUUACGAGCUGUCUUGGAGGAUGUGCCUCAUCCACUUUGAGACUCUUCGAGACACUGAAAACUUCUGUGGCCUCUCCAAAGACAAACUUUUGGAUCUCAUCCUUAGCGAUGAGCUGGAGAUUGAGGAUGAACAGAUUGUGUUCAAUGCUGUCAUGCACUGGGUUAAGUAUGACCUAGACAGCCGCAGAGACUACCUUCCUCAGUUGCUGCAAGGAAUACGUCUUGCGCUGUUACCUACAGAGUGCCUCAUUGAGGCCGUGGCAUGUGAGGAACUUGUGAUGUUAGAUAAAAGGAGCAGACAGAUUGUCGAUGAGGCCAUGCAAUGCAAGAAGAAGAUUCUUCAGAAUGACGGAGUUGUCACGAGCCCCUGUGCCAGACCUCGCAAAGCUGGACACACGCUACUCAUUCUUGGGGGCCAGACGUUUAUGUGUGAUAAGAUCUACCAAGUGGACCACAAAGCAAAAGAGAUCAUCCCUAAAUCAGAUCUUCCUAGUCCCAGGAAGGAAUUCAGUGCAUGUGCCAUCGGCUGCAAAGUUUACGUGACAGGAGGAAGGGGGUCAGAAAAUGGGGUUUCAAAGGACGUUUGGAUAUAUGACACAGUACAUGAAGAAUGGUCUAAAGGUGCCCCCAUGUUAAUUGCACGCUUUGGACACGGUUCAGCUGAACUUGAAAACUGCCUUUAUGUUGUUGGGGGUCAUACUGCUAUAGCAGGUGUCUUCCCUGCCUCCCCCUCAGUCUCCCUUAAACAAGUUGAACGAUACGAUCCACUAACCAACAAAUGGACAAUGAUGGCACCACUUAGGGAUGGUGUCAGUAAUGCAGCAGUGGUCAGUGCUAAGCUAAAACUCUUUGUGUUUGGCGGAACGACCAUUCACAGGGAUAAGGCCUCAAAGGUCCAAUGCUUUGACCCGGUUGAGAACCGUUGGACCAUAGCUGCAGAGUGCCCGCAACCCUGGAGAUACACUGCUGCUGCGGUUCUCGGCAGUCAGAUAUUUAUAAUGGGUGGUGACACAGAGUUCACGGCUGCAUCCGCUUACCGAUUUGACUGUGAGACCAAUCAGUGGACGCGUGUAGGUGACAUGACCUCAAAAAGAAUGAGCUGCCAUGCUGUGGCCUCUGGAAAUAAACUCUAUGUGGUCGGCGGUUACUUUGGGGCACAGCGGUGUAAAACCCUGGAUUGUUAUGAUCCGACAUCGGAUAGCUGGAACAGUAUCACUACCGUGCCUUAUUCACUGAUUCCAACUGCAUUUGUCAGCACCUGGAAGCAUCUUCCUGCCUAGUUGCCUCCAAUUUAAAAGUAUGGAGCUGAUCUGGGUGCCAUGGUCUUCUGGCUACACUGAAUGGAGGACGGCGGAGCUGGAUUGUCAUUGGCUGGCCUGAAGCACCUCUGCUUGGUAGGCGUGGUGUGGCUGCUGUCGGUCAUGGCCACUCUGCAGGGCACAUCUCGAAAACAAACCAACCAUCCAUUGUAAAGAAGAGCUGAAAUAUCUCCAGAAAAGAAGCUUUGAUGUGGCCAAAAGCACAACGCUAAACCCAUGCUUGUCCAUUGCCAAAUUCAAAGGCACAAUGACACAAUAACCUUUUGCACCAUUUUUGCUUUUUACAAGGGUCUUUUGAGGUAUGUGUUUUUGCUAGUAUGACAAACACUUUUACAACCCAUCGAGGUCAAGAAUGUUCCAUUUGGUGAGCUUGGUAAUAUGACUUACUGAGUGAACAAAGACAACAAAUAAGACUUGAGCAAAGCAUGAUUUGUUUCUUGAAUCCUUCUACUUUACUAUAACUGGCAGCACAGCAUGUCUACAUGUGUGUUCCGUUGCUUCCAACUGGCAUUUGGAGACUGCGGUAACUUGACAUGCUCAACUAAACCAAGUAAAAAUGUUACACAUAUACAGAACGUCCCCAUGGGAAAGUGCACGUUUGCAGGAUGUAAAAUGCCUGCUGUGUUUCUAUUUAAUAAGUAUCUGUGAAAUGGAUUUUAACCUGGGACUUGUAUAGAUUCUACAGCACAAUUUACUAUCAAGGACUUCCUUACAUUUUAACAUUUCUCAGAUUAUUGAAGGUGUAAACAUUUGAAAAUGCAUUUAAUGUGAUUGUGAGAGAGAGAAAAAAGGAAAAGAAAAAAAUGCACAUGACACUACAAGUUUGGAUGAUGAGGGUGUCAAUGUUUGUUACUGUUUUUCUUCUAAAUUGGAAUGCUUUGCUGGGUUUUAAAGAUAGAUAUAGUUCACCCCAAAAAUAAAACGCACCCUAAUGUUGUCCAAACCCAAUUAAAUUUCUUACUUAUAUGGACCACAAAAUUCGAUUUUGUUUUAAAGAAUAUUGCAGGUAAAUGCAAGAAUUUCUUGUGAGCUUCUUUCAAACCACUCAUGAGCACUUAACAAGGAAAAAAAUAACUGAAAACGAACUUAAAUUGCAUAGUGUUUCUCAACAUUACUUAUCGUAUGUCUUCAGUAGACUUGGGAUGUGACACAGAAGUCACAUGGACUACUUAUGAUACUUCCGGAUCUACUUUUUUACACUUUAAAAUCAAGCUGAAGCACUAUCCACUGCCUUGAAAAUACAUGAUGUUCAUUAAUACAUCUAAUAUUUUGUUCCGUAAGAAGAAAGUCAUAUGGGUUUGGAAUAGGGAUGUUAAUCAACAACUAAUUUUAUCGAUCGUUGAUUAAUUAAUGUCAACUUAUACCUUUAGUUAUAAUGCCAGCAGACAUUGAUAUGAUUGUCUAUACAGUCAUCCGCCACUACAGGGCACAUUGCAUGUCACGUCUUGUCUGCAACACAGAAGAAGAAUUACACGGAUUGCAUCCAUCACUUUCUCUUGUAAAGAUGAAGCAGCCUCAAUGUAAUCAGUGUUUGAGCAUUUCUCUAUAAAUUAAAAUGAUGUUUUCUGCAUACACUGAUAGUGUGUGAAAGUGCAACUUGACAAUAAGCACUGUUGAUCCUCUGGUCUCCUUCGCUGUGUCUGAAAUCGUUCACUCAUUCACUAUUUCCUAUAUAGUGAAUGGCAGUGAGUGCACUAUAUCUCAGUAGUGAGUGAACGAUACACCGAGUGUCGGAGCUCUGGGGCUGUCGCAGAAACACCGUCACAUAUAAACUAUUAAAAUACUGGGCCUUACUUGUUACUCUUAUUAAAUAAUAUAUUAUUACAAUAAAUCUUCAUUCUGUUUGUAAUUUUUAAUAUAUAUUUAUAUUUGCAUUUAUGCAUUUGGCAGAUGCUUUUAUCCAAAGCGACUUACAGUGCACUUAUUACAGGGACAAUCCCCCCAGAGCAACCUGGAGUUAAGUGCCUUGCUCAAGGACACAAUGGUGGUGGCUGUGGGGCUCGAACCAGCGACCUUCUGAUUAACAGUUAUGUGCUUUAGCACACUACACCACCAUCCAUCCAUCCAUCCAUCCGUCAACCGCUUAUCCUGUGUACAGGGUCGCGGGGGGCUGGAGCCUAUCCCAGCUAACAUUGGGCGAAAGGCGGGGGACACCCUGGACAGGUCGCCAGUCCAUCACAGCACUACACCACCACUCCGUGAAAUAAAUAUAUAUAUGUGUGUGUGUGUUAAUAUAAAGAGUAAACACAUUUUAUCAAAUGUACAUUAUUGUAUUUAUUUGUUAUACUUUAGUAUCUUUAAACUCCAAUACAAGCUUGGUAAAAUCAUCCACAGAAUUAUAAUUUCCACUGUCUUGCUGAGUUAAAAUAAUAUAACCUCACUGAAGUAUUUAGUAAAUAAAGAAUUAAUCAGCUUAAUGGCAAAAUUCUGUAUAAAAUAUAAAGAUUACAUUUUAAAAUGUAUCUGUAUGAUUUACAUCGAAUGUAAACUCGAAAUUAGAGUGCAUUGUGGGUAAG